AUGGACGAUAGCUUGACCGCAGUACACCAACAAAAUAGCCAGGUUUCCGCCACACAUUCGUUUUCCUCCAGCAAACUCCAAACACAGCAAACUAAGACUUUUAUGGCCACUGUGGACCCCCAACAAAGUAACGAUGAUGCUUCAUCACCAUUAUCAGAGCCCUAUGAGAAUGGUAGCUCCAACCUCGGCAGCAACCCAACGGUAACAAACCUCACAACCACCGGAACGUCGAGCGCUAAAACGACGGCCGUGCCUACAUCAGAGGCAGUACCUAUUAUAAGCCUAUCGAGUACCAGCGCACCGGAACUGUCAACUUCGCAAACUCCCUCAACCUUGCAGUACACAUCAAGUUCUCAAGCUCCAAUUUCCAGCAGUAUAGCAAUAUCGAGCCUGUCGAGUAUCCUGUCCAGCUCCGACAGUGUGGGGUCGAGCCCACACAUGUACUCGUCCACGAUGCUGCCUUCAUCCUAUUCUUCCCCAAUUUCAAAGUCCUCUGCUAUAUCUAGCACUGCAUCUUCUUCGUUUUCGUCUUCCAGAAUAACAAGCUCAUCUGCAGUUCCGAGCUCCUCUUCAAUACUUAAGUCCUCGACCCAAAUACCGUCCUCAAGUGCGUUGCCCAGUAGCUCAGCUAUCUCAAGCAGAACGACCUCAACCUCAACCUCAACCACACGGCACACAACUAGCUCACAGCCAGAUACUACCUCUUGGUCACGAUUGACAUCCCAACAGGUUACCGAACAAAAUGGCUCGACGGUAACUCUCCAAAUAACUUCAUCGGUUGUAGUUGGGGUCGAGGCUACCUCAACUUCUUCAUCAGCUUCUGUUUUACAAACAAGCUCUGCUCCCCGUGUUGAUGAAUCUCACCAUGGUGGAACAAACACCACAGCCAUUGCAGUCGGAGUAGCUGUUCCUGUCGGUGCGGUAGCUGUUGCAGGUGUUGGCAUUUUUUCGUAUUUCAUGAGAAGACGCAAGAAAUUCGCUAAGGAUGCUUCGUCUAUUGAUACAGUAGACGCAGAAGAGGACGAAGAAAGCGACGUUUCUCGGAAGAGUUCUCGAGGACAUAUGCGUCAUAACUCUCUUACCGCUCACCACAUGUUUUGA